GACUACCUGAAAAGCCUCGAACUGCGUCUCCGUGAUACCACUGAAACAGCCGCCGUUCGGGAGCGUGAUACGCUUGCCUUGACAGAUCGUGUGCAGGAGCUGGAAGCGUCCACGGAACUCCUGCGUCGAACGCGGGACAUUGCUGAAGAGAAGUGCUGCAAAACUAAGGAAGACUGCUGA